AUGGAUAAUAAUAUAAUAUUCUCUAUGGAAAAUAAUGAUAAUUUUUUUAAUUCUAAUAUUAUUAGAGAAACUUUAAAUAAUUCCUUAAGAUCCAAGUAUAUUCUUUAUUAUGUUCAAUAUAUAAAUGAUAGAAUAUCUGAAAAAUUAAAUAAGGACAAAAGUUGGAAUAUGAUAUUACUUCCAAGAAAUAUAAAUAAAUUACAAUUAGAUUUAGAAUAUAUAAAGAAACUCUUACCACUUGAUAAGCUAUGUCGUUGUCAAAUAUCUAUGGAUUGUACAUGUAAAUUUAUGUUCAGAUAUAAGGAUAAUGAUCCAAAUAAAAUAUAUAAAUGGGUAUGGCAUGAUUUAACCGAAGAUUCUAGCUUUGUAAAAUUUGAUGGAGAUUUUAUAGAAUUAAAAGUACUUGUAUUAAGUAAUUAUAAAGUUUUAAAUGGUUUAGCUAAUAAUAAUUUGGUUUUUAACAGUAAUAGAGAAUACCAAGAUGAAUUAAUAUUAGAAUAUAAUAUCCAAGAUCAGAAAUUAAUAGAUAAAAAUGAAAAAUUGGAUAAUUUCAUAACUACAGGACUGAAUUCAUUAUAUACAUCAACAAUUUAUAAUAUAGAUAAUUUACUUCAUAAUGGUGAAUUUGAUCAUUGCAAUAAAAAGCAUAUAUUAAAUAGUAUAGAUUUAAAUAUUCAGAAAGAUGAAGAUAGUAUAGAAGAGUAUUCAAUAGAGAUAGAUAAGUGGUGUAAGAAAUCUGAUGGUUCAUAUAAGGAUAUUCGAGUUCUAUUAAGUUCUUUACAACAAGUUUUAUGGCCUGAAGCUCAAUGGGAACCUAUAGAAAUCUCGAAAUUAAUGACAGAUAUAGAAAUCCUUAAGAAAGCAUAUAGGAAGGCAAUUAUAGUUUGUCAUCCUGAUAAGCAUCAGAAAGAAAAUGAUAACCAUAAACACAAGGUCCACAAAAUCUUCAUGGCUCUAAAUCAAGCAUAUAAAAGUGUACAAUAA